AUGGAUGGCCUAUUGACUGCCGUUAAAACUGUGAAGCGAGAUCAGAACUCACCCCUGGUCGCUGCUGAGGUUCAGGCUCGCGAGAAUCCCGCGAAGCCCACCAUUGAUUUUGAUCAACAUGAUAUAUCUUCACAACAAGCCAUUGAUAUUCUGGGAUCCGAACCUGAUCAGGACGAACUAUUCACUAUAUUAUCCGCCAUUGACCCUUUCAACACAUCCAGACAGAUUCAAGAUCUUGACAUUCGAAUUCCCAGUCCAACAGCAGCUCAAAUCCUCCGACUUUUAGUCAGCACCACCAUCCCUGGUCAUUGGGCAUCACUGGAUAAAAAGGUCAAGACGUCGAAGGAAAACAAGACCCGUGCAGCUAUUUUGCGAUGUCUUAGCAGUGUGGCAGGUCUUGGAUCUCUGAUCACUCAGCUCCGAUCUCAAAUAGCAUCAGCUCGGGCCAAUGUUCAACAAGCGGAAGGUUCUAACACCUCACUUGCGAUUCGGGAUCUUCUUUCCGUUCUUGCUUCUUUAUUGGAACCCAAAGAUCUUUUGUUCCGACUUCAUUCAGACAUUUCAGUCCUGCAUGGCAACAAAACAAAAGAGCAGGUUGCGUGGCGUGAGCUAGCGUCUCUUGUUGGCGCUGGGAAAAUUCUCUCAACAGCAGCCGAGGCACUUACUCUCUCUAAUGAAUCUGAAUUUCCGUCCUCUAUUUCUUGGACGGGAGAAGGGUCUCGCUAUACGUCAUGGCUUGGUAAUAAUGUUGCCUAUAUGGCUUCGAAGCUACAAGUGGACGACGAAAGCGGCUGGGGAUCUCUCGCUUUCUUGACAGGCCGAGGUCUAAAUCAGCUCGUGCGAGAAAUCUACUCGGCUCUGCUUCUCGAUCAGCAGCUCGUGAAUAGAUUUGGCCUGCUUCUAGACCAUCUUCGGCAGUCAGAACAACUCGUCAUGCUCGAGGCUAUAUUCCGCGACAUCCAGAAGCGUUACUUUUCAGCAGAGAAUUCAGGAGACCAUGAACAGCUAGCCACCAAUACCGAGAUCAUCUCCAGCGUGGCGGCUUUAUGCUCUACAAUUAUUGGCGAUCGAUCAUAUCUAAAAAAUCAAAUAUCAGAGUGGUUGUGUAAGAGUCAAGGCGGCUCAAUACAGACCAUAGGGUUGCGUCGAGCCAUUUUAGCCGCAUACCACGACUCUAGUGAUUCUCUCAAAACAUUACUUGUGCGUAGCCUCGAAACCUUUGGUGACAAGUUUAACGUCAAACACGUCCCACUCAUUACCCAAAAUGCCAAUGCCCAGACUAUUCUUCUCACCGCUGGUCAUUUGAGACAACUUGACCCAUCCCAAGUCAAGGAUAUUGGUCGCACUGGCGUUUUCCUCAAUGCAGUCUCUAACAGGCUGGCAGCAUCAUCAAAUAGAGCACGAUUUCUCGGCAUGAUUGUUGGCACCGCGAUAUCUGAGAUUAUCGAAGAGCCAGGAAAAUCACUCAAAUUCGACCUCGAAGAGAUGCAAAGUGAGGAAGCAUGCUGGUAUCUUAGUCUGACUAAAGUGCAAGACAGAGUCGGGCUACUGGAAUCUAUCAAAGCAUUGCAGACGCAACAAUCAAUGACUCACCAGAAACCCCAGAAGGAACCUCGUGUAAACAGCGACAAACGACCACAACCACGUUCAGGGCAACAGCAAAGGAGUAAGAUCGUUGCUAUCGAAGAAAUUGAUGACAGUAGUGAUGCAAGCGAUGAAGACGAAGAUCUGAUUCCCUACGAAAAGCCCGAUGAUGACGACGAUGACGACGAUGAAGAUCCUACACUUGUCCAACGAAACAAGCCCAUUGCUCCUGUGUACAUUCGAGAUCUUGUCACUUACUUACGGGAUACCGAGAACGUGGAACGUCAUCAGCUUGCCAUUACCACCGCGCCAUCUCUGAUCCGCCGCAAAACUGGCUUUGGCAGCGAGCUUGCUGAGCAAAUCGAGGAAUUGGCUCUUACAAUAGUAGGCCUCAACAACGAUAAUAAACAUCCACAGUUCCACGAGUCUCGUCUUCAAAGCAUGAUUGCAUUGAUCGUUUCGCAGCCCCUCAAAAUGGGCCGCUGGUUUACUGCGAUCUUUUUCGACGGCGAUCUCUCCCAGGUCCAACGAUCUGCUGUGCUGACAGCUCUGGGCCUGAGUGCCCGCGAAGUAGCAGGAAACGGAGAAGAUGAUGCCCGAGCUUUGAGUCUCCCGAAGCUACAAGAUACCUCGUUCCCUUCAAAACGGCUAUCGCCUGCAUUGGAGACUAUGUUCCUAGGUUCGGAGAACGAGUCCCCAAUCGCAAAAUUGACACAGAAGCUGUCGCAGGCGUCGUUGCAGCCAUUGGCUGCUAACGCCGCAGAUGAGCUUACCGGCCCUAGUGCAUUGAAAGUGCGCACUUUCUCAUCGCGCAUGGAGGUUGAGAAGAAGCGUCAGGAUCGUGAGACCCAGAGACAAAAAGGCAUGGCGAAGGACUUGAACAAGGUUCUUGCCGAGGGAUUCUUCUAUCCUCUUCAAGGACGCUUCGAAAUCAUGAUGCUACAGUUCUCCUCAUCAUCUGCGCCUUCCUACAACCCAUUCUUCGUUCCGCAUAUCCUCAGCCUUUUUCUCCAGACGAUUUCUCUGGUCGUCUCGACGGCAGGCCCUCAUACUCCUUUUCUACCGGGCUUGACCCAUGAAACUCUAUCUCUACUUCUUUCUCUGCACACGAGCCCCGCGUCAAGUGAACCGACUGUGGCCGCCGCGCUGCUGAAUCUAUUCCUCGCAAUUGUGGACUUGAACAUCGCUUGCGGUUCCAAUGGGGAGGAGCGACUGGUCACUGAGUACGCCUCGCAAGUGAUCGAGCUACGCGAAUGGGCCUCCGGGGUCUUUGACCGUACACCGUCCAGCAAUAAAUCAAGUCUUGGCGCCACAGUCGAUCCAAACGAGCAAAUCAGGACACUUUCGGCUGGGGUGAUGGUCCGGCUUGGAGAGGUUAUUGAACGGUAUCAAGGUCGAUUGAUGGGUGUCAACUCAGGCUUCAAGUAUUGA